AGGAAGCUCUGGUCACUGCAUGCUUUCCUCCCAGAAGGCGCACUUCCCCUACGCCUCAACUCUGCUCAUCAGAACCUGUCGGCAGCAAGAAACUGUCAAACAAAAUAUGGAUUAUUUGUUUAUUGUCCUAUUUAUCUUCCUGCGAUUCUCGUCCACAACUGGAUUCCUUAUUAUGCAGACGCCUAAGAAACUGUGUCUGACAAAACACAAAACGACAAUUAUUCUUGGUAAAUGCAACUAUUUUGACUUGGUACAACAGUGGGAAUGGACAAACGACAUGAGGUUGUGGCACGUUCAGUCCUCCAUGUGUCUGUGGGCCAAUCCAAGCAGCAUGAUACCUACGCACGCGCGCCUGGCCGCUCUCCGCGACUGCGACGAUGCACCUGCUUGGAAAUGCUACGACGAGAAGGGGACUGUUGGAUUAGCCGAAAAACAAAUGUAUCUGAAGACACAAGGUAUACGUGUCGUGAUUCGAGCAGACUCCAGAUAUUCGAAUUGGACAAAGUAUGACGUCGAUACAGGAGGGAGGGAGCAAAUUACUAAUUUGUGUUCGAUAAAAGGUCAAACCACACCUCCAGUAACAGUCCUGAGCACCCAGCCAUCCAGUACAAGGCAGCAGAGGACUGGAAAAACCUCAACACCCAGAACCCCUGGCCCGUCUGUCAAUAAAGCCACGACCGAGACGAACGACAUUAUCGGGACCCGCACGAAAAGGACUGCGACUGAAGGGCUCCAUCCUAAUACCUGGAGUGGCUUCAUCGACGGGUCGGGCUUUAGCGACACCUUGUCCACGACGGACGCCAACUUGGACCAAUCAGCAGGUGCCAUCACCACGUACGCCCGGGAAGACAGGACGCGGCCUGCACACCGUCCCAACACCACUGGGCCUGCACACCGUCCCAACACCACUGGGCCUGCACACCGUCCCAACACCACUGGGCCUGAAAUAGAUAGACAGCUGUCCACGUCAGCAAGCACUGAGACGGCAGACUCUUCCUCAAGGCCUAACACUUCCUCUGACACCCACACUUCCUCUGACACCCACACGUCCUCUGACACCCACACUUCCUCUGACACCAACACUUCCUCUGACACCAACACUUCCUCUGACACCCACACUUCCUCUGACACCCACACUUCCUCUGACACCAACACUUCCUCUGACACCAACACUUCCUCUGACACCCACACUUCCUCUAAUGCCAACAUUUCUUUGGACACCCACACUUCCUCUGACACCAACACUUCCUAUGACACCAAGACUUCCUCUGACACCCACACUUCCUCUGACAUCAACACUUCCUCUGACACCAACACUUCCUCUGACACCCACACUUCCUCUGACACCAACACUUCCUCUAAUGCCAACACUUCCUCUGACACCCACACUUCCUCUAAUGCCAACAUUUCUUUGGACACCCACACUUCCUCUGACACCAACACUUCCUAUGACACCAACACUUCCUCUGACACCCACACUUCCUCUGACACCAACACUUCCUCUGACACCCACACUUCCUCUAAUGCCAACAUUUCUUUGGACACCCACACUUCCUCUGACACCCACACUUCCUCUGACACCCACACUUCCUCUGACACCAACACUUCCUCUGACACCAACACUUCCUAUGACACCAACACUUCCUCUGACACCCACACUUCCUCUGACACCAACACUUCCUCUGACACCAACACUUCCUCUGACACCAACACUUCCUCUGACACCAACACUUCCUCUGCAGUCUCUUCAGGGCCCAACACCAAGACUGACCCAGCAGAUGCAACUGCAACGCUUCAACUUUGA